AUGGUGGCAAACCAGAGGUUUCUUAGAAUCAGUUCAUUUUUAAUUUCCUCAUCUACUCAAGAUUUAAACCAAUAUCUAUGGGAUAACCCUAAUGAUUUUAUUUUAGGUCUGGAGACGCUUCACGCUCUCACCAAUUCGAGGCCCCACCAGCUACGUGUCGAACUCACGGACUUCAGCUCAAAGGCGGCAUUUGCUCGCUAUGCUUCCUUCAGGGUUGGAAGUGCAAGUGAGAGCUACAAGCUCUCAAUUGGAGGCUAUGAGCCCAGCAGCACAGCUGGAGACGCUCUCUCUGACCACAACAACGCUUUCUUCUCCACCAUUGACUCUGACAAGGAUACCGAAAAACAAAACAACUGUGCGUCUCAGCUCGGUGGUGGGGGAGGCUGGUGGUACAAGCAGUGCUACCACGCACUAGGUACAGGCGCCUACAGACUACCAAGAAACCGAGUGGUACCUCAGGCAUACGGCGGCGUCACCUGGCAUCCUUUCAGCAAUGUUAAAGACUCCCUGAAAAUCUUUAAAAUGCUCAUCAAGCCAUCUAACAUUGCAUAGAAAGAAUCUAAAGGCAAAGAAAACGGUACAAGAAUUCAUCAUUUAUUCAUAAAAAAUCCUUUAAGGUAAACGUCAUUGAUAAGAAGCGUCUGAGUCAAAAAAUCGAAUAGUUUGGCCCUUUGGUGCUCAUUUUGUAGCUGCAGAGAAGGCACGUCUAACGCAACAAA